AUCUCUUCAAUGAUUAAUGCAACGGAAAUUCCAGUUCGCAAAUAUUUUUGGAAGAAUGUUCAGCAAAUUUAUUGAAGAAGAUGCCAGAAACUUGAAGCAUGCAAAGAAAUUCCACCGCCAGCAUGCACCUGCAACGACUGAAACCGGUUGGCAGAUGUUCGCAUAUGGCCACCCUGCAGCCGAUGCCACUCCAUCACAUGGACGACGAACAGCUGGAUUUAGCGACGCCACCGCUGCCCAUUAAUCCGCCACCGAAACUGCUCGCCAAUGGGAUUAUCUACGGCUUUCGGACACGUCACUUGUCCUGCAUCGAGGAGAACGACGCCGACUCGCUGGCCGGCAGCUCCAUUCCGCAUGCCUACGACAUGAUGCAGCAGGCGGACGAGACCUUCCAGAAGCUCAACGCCAAUGCAGAGCAGAGCUGCGAGGAGGAGGACGAGGAGGGUCAGUCUGGUAGCGAGGAUGGGGAUGGGGAUGCGGAUGCGGAUGAUACGAUUGCCAUGAUCGAUGAGUCGCGACUGUGCGAUGCCGAUUAUCUGGACGAGCUGGUGGCCGAUGAGCAGCAGCAGCAGCAAGAGGAGUCCUCGGAUCUAGUCGAUUCGGGCAAUGUGGAAGAGGACUACUGGCAGCACAGCUUCAAUCGCAACGACAUUAUGAUGACCUCCGUCUACGGCACACUGAACGGCUCCAUGGCCAGUGAAAACUCCUCGACAGCCCCGCCCGCCUACUCAGAGAUGGGCACACCCAAAAAAGAAAGAGAACAACCCGAGCCCGUUUAUGCCACGCCCGAGAAGCGUCGCGCCAGCAACCGCAGCUUCGACUCCACCUGCGCCUCCCUCACCAGCUCCAUCUACGGCGGCUCCAUGAACUCAUCCCUUGAUCUCAAGUACUCCUCGCUGGUCGUCUCAGUGGGCGGCGGCGGCGGCGGAGGCGACUCUGGCGGCAUCAGUGCCACUAGCACACUGCGCGGCACCUCCGUCCCACCCAUGGACAUCUCCAUGAUGUCCAGCGAUGGCGUGAGUGCCCUCGACUGGAGCUCGGCCAGCGUUAGCUACGGCCUCCUGGACACGGACGAUGCCAAUCCCGAGGAGGAGCUGAACGAGGAGGCGUCCGCCAAGUGCCUGAGCGCGGCAGAGUCCGAUGUUGGUUAUGGCAAAGAUUUCUACACAUAA